AUACCUAUUGAUUUAAAUAUACGUAACGUAAAAAAUGAAUUAUAUACAAUUGGAAUAACAGUACCUUUAAGAAAAUUUGAUAUUGAAAUUGAUACAAUAACUGCUAGGAUGAUAAAUGAAUUAAAAGAAAAAUACCUACAUCCUGAGGGUAUUUUCACACGAUGGUUGGGUACAUUAAAUAUGGUAAAGAAAAGUAAUGAGAGAUAUUUCGUAGAUACAAAACAAACUAAAUUAGAUGAUGAUAAAGAAGAUGAAAUAACUAAAGCAGUGUAUAAUCAACUAAGGCCCAUAUUAGAAAAUAGCACAUUAAUGAGUCCUGAAGAAGUAUUAAAGAAGUGGCACAUAGCAUAUAGUUGGAGUUUCCCAUAUAGGUUUUUAGAUGGUAAUGAAAAUAUGUUGCGUCGAAAGUAUUUAGAAGGUGAUAUAGCUAUUCCUAGUGUUAGCCACGUAUUUUUAAAAGACAAAGUCCUAAAAUUAUCAAAAGUGGAAAUAGAAGAAAAGAUUAGAAGCAUAAUUGCAAUGGAUCCUUUGACUUACUUUAAUGGCAUGUUGGUGAAUAGGUGUCAAAAUAAAAAUUUUGAUCCUAUGAAUGGGUGUGCAAUUGGAAUGUCCAGUAUACAUGCCAUUCCUCCACUUAUCUUUGAACAACAUAGAUCUUAUAAAGUAUAUUUACAAAUGGAUAUUACAUCUAUGGACUUGACUAUGAGUUAUAAUUAUAUACGAAUAUUAAUGAAAAUUCGUAUUUACUUAUGGACAUUAUAUGAUGGUGAAGUAAAGAUGAAACAUAGAGGUCAUUCUACUGGGCAGAGUACCAUUAGUCCUGAUAAUACAAUAUAUUGUUUAACUCUUUUUGUUGAAGCUUGGAAAGAAUUAACUGGAAUGCUAGCAGCAGAUUUUUUUAAAUAUAAUAAAAUUACAGCUUAUGGAGAUGAUAAUGUCCUAAGUAGCAACUGUUUCAAUGAUAAGUGGAAUGAAAAUACAUUAUGUGACUAUUUUGCCCAAAAAGGAAUUAGUCUAAGAUUGGAGAAUAAAUCAGAAGGUCUAGAAAGAGUAGAGUUCUUAAGUAAGAUAUAUUCAGAUAGUGAAAAACAAUUAGAAGAAGUCCUUAAGUACGUACCUGACUAUGCCUGCAAGGUGACUUAUAAACAUAAUCGAGAUAAGCUUUUAAUGAAAUUUGAUGAUAUAAAAAAAAAUCCAAAAAAAAAUAAGACUUAUUUGCUUGAGCGCAUUGUUGGUUUAGCCAAUAAUUGUGCCCAUUAUCUGGAUAUCUAUGAAAUCUGUGUUAAAUAUUAUAAUGAAUUAAUAGAAGCAUAUUAUAGUCAUAUAAAAGCAAUAAGGAAAUGA